CGAGAAUGAUUUUCUAGUCAAAUGUUUAUUAUAAAAAGUUAUGGUACAAUAAUAGCACAACGCACUCGGAACAUAGUUUUUUUUCCUCGAUUUUGUGCUGUUUAAGUUCGAAAAAAAAAGUUUUUGCAGGAGAAAUCUAAGUUACUGAAGAGAUAACCCGAAGCAUCAACAUGUCUACGACCGCAUUAGCAGUGAGCACAGCGUUUAUGGGAUUAUGUUGUGGUCUAGCUUGCAUUGGACGACAAUUAGCUGAAAGACUGUUGAAACCGGGAUUAGUGCAGGAGCUUUUCUACGAAGCUAUUGCGUCGGCUGAGAUGUGUGCGGUUUGUUUUGAAUUAAUCAUCGUUGCUGAUAACUUUGGUGUGGCUACUUAUGCCAUCUACCUAUUUUUCCUCACAAUAUGGUGGUCAAUGGUAUGGGGAAAUGCAUCGGCAUGUCCAUAUACGCACAUGGAAGAUAUGGUAGAGGGAAACACAUCACCGAGAGUGGUUGCAUUGAAAACAUGGGCUCAAAUUAUGGGUGGUUGUUGUGUAUAUCGAUUCGUACAAGUGUUCUGGUGGUUUGAACUGGUUCAGACGCACGAAAAUCGAGCUUUUGAAGACUGUACGGCUGACUUACAAGUGAAUCCUUAUCUUGGCGCUGCAAUUGAAGGUGUAGCAACACUUCUUUGUAGAUUGGGAUCAAGAGCUCUUGGUGAAUUAGGACCUAAACAUGCGUCAAUUAUUGAUUCAUUUAUUGGAACAAGCCUUGUAGUCGCUGCGUUUAAUUACUCUGGCGGUUAUUUCAAUCCAGUUUUGGCUACCGCAUUGAAAUGGGGUUGCUCGGGACAUACAAACAUCGAACACAUUAUUGUUUAUUGGAUUGGUGCGUGUGUUGGGGCAGUGUUGUCCGUGCCAAUAUUCAAAGUCAAAUACGUACGUCAACUGCUAGUGGGUGAACCCAGUGAUUCUGUAAAAGACAAGGCAGAAUAGGAACAUUGAACUGUUGGAUAUUUUAAUUUAUUUGGUUUCGUUUCAUGAAGAGUGUGUGGUAAUUUCACAUUUAUUUUUAUGUAAAUAGACUUUAAAAAUUGAAAAUGGUUUGUGGGUCAGGACGGCACAGCACAAGAAAAUGCUGUUGUGAUAUCACAAAAACACAGUACAACAUCUACUUCGAUACGUUGUACACGCAGUUGAGAUUUUUAAUGUGAAGUCUAUACUCACUACUACCUGUUUAUAUUCACAAUUGAAUAAUUCUAGACUUUCUUGAAUUUUCUUGUGAUAUGACAAUGUAACGAUUUUGUUGUACCAUUUUUACCCACAUCCGGAAGUUUUUAAAGUAAAAUAAUUUAAGCGGAAAACUUUUAUUUUAUUUGCU